CACCAAACGGGGUCACCACUCACCACUUCACAAAAACAAAUCGUUGUUUAGCCCGCUGAUCUCGCUGUAUUCCUCUGCUCAAACCUCUGCGCACUUCUUCUUCUUCUUCUGCCUACAUUCAAUUCCUCUCCACUGUAUUUUUUUUUUUUUCUCCCUCCACAUUCCGCAAUUGCCGCAAUUUUCCAAUUUUUAAUACUCCCUUUAAUUAACACUACAAUAGUUAGUGAAACAAGUCCAAAGUAAUCAACAACGCCACAUCACCAAAAUCACUAUCAAUCUAUCAUUGCUUCUCCAUAUAUAUAUAUUCUCUCUCAUCACACACUCACACCCCCCUUAAUUUCCACAUUCCUUUUACUAAUUUCACCCCCAUUUAUACUUCUUUUUGAAAUUAAAAAAAAAACUAAAAUUCUGCGAUCUGGGUUUUCUUCAAUGAUCCCAAGAAAACUUGGGUCCUUGUGAUUUUUAAUUUUUUUUAUAUAUUUUGUUAAUUAGGAAAUAAAUAUGGGGUGUGUGAGUUCUAAAGGAGGUGUGUCAGUGACGCCGGCGGCGGACUACUCCGGUGUAUUCAGGGACAAUGUGGUCGUGGUGGGGGGUUCGGGUCGAAGUAAGGUGGGCCCGACUGAUUCCGAAAAUAGGAAGAAGGGUGGAGGUGAGUCGGGUCGAGUUAGCUCAACGUGUGGGAGCGAGUCGGUCAGUUUCAGGUUGGGGAAUUUGCAGAAGUAUGUGGAGGGUGAGCAGGUGGCGGCUGGUUGGCCGGCGUGGCUUAGUGCGGUUGCCGGUGAGGCUAUUCAUGGUUGGUUGCCCCUCCGUGUUGAUGCUUUUGAGAAAUUAGAGAAGAUUGGCCAAGGUACAUACAGUAGCGUUUUUCGUGCUCGUGACAUUGAAACUGGGAAGAUAGUUGCUAUGAAGAAGGUCCGGUUCGACAAUUUUGAGCCAGAGAGUGUUAGGUUUAUGGCUCGAGAGAUUUUGAUUCUUCGGAGGCUUGAUCAUCCUAAUAUUAUAAAGUUGGAAGGAAUUGUCACAUCCAAAUUAUCAUGUAGCAUAUACCUUGUCUUUGAGUACAUGGAACAUGAUCUUGCAGGGCUAGUGUCUUGCCCUGAUAUCAAGUUUACGGAGGCACAGGUUAAGUGCUAUAUGAAGCAGCUUUUAUCAGGAAUUGAGCACUGCCAUUCGCGAGGAAUAAUGCAUCGUGACAUUAAAGGGUCAAAUCUUCUGGUAAAUAAUGAAGGAAUUUUGAAGGUGGCUGAUUUCGGUUUGGCAAACUUCUGCAGUAACAAACACAGGCAACCAUUAACAAGCCGUGUUGUAACUCUGUGGUAUCGUCCUCCUGAACUUCUACUGGGGGCAACAGAUUAUGGACCGUCUGUUGAUCUCUGGAGUGUUGGUUGUGUAUUUGCAGAAGUUCUUCUUGGAAAGCCUCUCCUUCAAGGGAGAACCGAGGUAGAACAACUGCACAAAAUCUUCAAACUAUGUGGUUCCCCACCCGACGAGUACUGGAAGAAAUCUAAACUUCCUCAUGCCACACUUUUUAAGCCACAACAGCGUUACGAGAGUUCUCUAAUGGUGACCUGUAAAGAUAUACCCGAAACUGCAGUUGACCUUAUUGAAACUUUACUCUCCGUGGACCCAUACAAGCGUGGAAAUGCUUCUUCUGCUCUAUGUUCUGAGUAUUUCAGCAGUAAACCCUAUGCGUGUGAUCCAUCAACUUUGCCAGUAUACCCACCUAACAAAGAAAUUGAUGCAAAAGGUCGUGAUGACGCUAGAAGGAAGAGAGUUGGUGGAAGAGGGCGUGGGAAUGAAACAGGGCGAAAGACAACAAAGAAACCGAGUGGCAUCCGUAAACUUGCCCCUGCUGAGGACUUGCCAUUGCCAUCUCAAGUUCAAGAUCCACAGAGAGUUAAAAUCAAUGGAAGCAUAGCACUCUUUCAACCAGAAGAAGAUAUUAAAGGUAGGGAACCACCAAAACCAUCUUUUGACCGGCGAGAAGAGACAUCCCAUUUGAAGAACGCUUCUCAAGGAGAUGUGCCGUAUUCAGGCCCGCUGCAGGUUUCAGCGUCAAGUGGUUUUGCAUGGGCCAAAAACCGAAGAGACGAUGUAUUUGUUAGAUCACACCGACGGACUAGUUCAAAACUUAGCUUUAAUGGUUUAGAGACUUAUUUAACAUCAACUGAUAGAAAUAAUUCUGAGUUAAAGAAGAAUGAAAAUGGGGAUGUUUCUCUUGGAGCUCGUGCCUUUUCUAGAGGGCAGGAUUAUUAUGAGGCUCUGAAGCAUACAGUAAGGAGACAAUGGAGCCACUUUGAUCGUCCUGACUCUUUUGAUGCCUCGGAUGAGUACCAUUCACAGGAAUUAUCUUUAGCACUUUAUCAGAAGGAGAUGGGAACAAAGAGAAUCCACAUGGAUAAAGAAGACAAAGUUGAGUUUUCAGGACCAUUGUUAUCUCAAUCAUACCGUGUUGAUGAACUUUUAGAGAGACAUGAACGUCAGAUCCGCCAAGCAGUUAGAAGAUCAUGGUUUCAAAGAGGAAAAAAGCAAGGCAAAUGAGUGGAAAAACCAUCGAACCAAAGAUUCAAAUUUUGGCUCAGUGCUGACACAAACCAGCCGGAAAUUCAAGAAAGUGUAAAGUAAACCUGAUGUUGCGUUUACCACUUAAGUGAUCAACCGAAGAUUGUUGCUCUUCAAAUCCAAUCUCCGUGUUUCCUGUGCUUAGAAAAGAAGUAGUAGAAGCCAUAGCAGGAGAGAUUCAACCAAAGCGGCCAUUGAAAAUCUGUUCGAGUUUUCAGUAGAACUUCACAGAAGCUGGUGGUUAGUUCAAUUCACUUCCCUACAGAAUUAUUGUCACCCCAAUGUACAUAUUAAUGACCUAAUGGGGUUUAUAUCUUCAAGGAAUUAUAUUGUAAAUGAUAAUUAAUAUCCCAUAAUAUGUCUACCUUUUGCUUCU